GGCCUUUUCCUUCCACCCUCAUCUGUGGAUUUUUCCAGCUGCUUUUCUUGGCCCAAGGAUGACACCCAUAGAGAUGCAGAUGGGAGAGGGGGAAGCAGAGAAAACAGUGAGGUCAGAACAAGCUAGGGAAGAGGCAGAUAUUAAGAUGGAGAAAUGGCACUAGUGGUCCAGCCAUUCUGAGACAGGACAUCUUUUUACGUAGCUGCUGUGUAGGGCAUGGUUAAGAGAGGGUCUCAGCAGGCGACUUUCUCCUUUCCACCCCAAACUGAGUAGCACUGGAAUUCUGAUUGUGGGGUGCUUCCUUCUAGGACUGGGCUGAAACCUAGGAGCCCUAGCUGCUAACAUCUGGGGCAGGAUCAUGUCUGCUAACAAAGGGUGGUGGGCGCCACCAAAAGGUGAAGACAGUGUGUCUGAGAAGUUCCUGAGGAAGACCAGGGAGUCUCCACUGGUGCCUAUAGGCUUAGGAGGCUGCCUAGUGGUAGCAGCGUACAGGAUUUACCGGCUGAAGGCUCGUGGUUCCACCAAGAUGUCCAUACACCUGAUUCAUACUCGAGUGGCAGCACAGGCCUGUGCUGUGGGUGCCAUCCUGCUAGGUGCUGUGUACACAAUGUACAGAGACUACAUCAAGAGAACAGCACAGGAUGCCAGGGAGAAGUAGGUUCCUAUAGCCACGGGCAGUCAGACACUCUCACAUCAAUCCCUGGUAUGUUCCUAAUAAAGGAGUUUUGUGAAAAACUGAGAGUCUCUUCUUCACCUGGGGGAGAACAAAGUAAGGGAUUGGCAGUGGCUGGUUGGGGAACUCAGAGCAAAGGGUUGGAAAUCAAAUUUUGGCCCCAAACUGCAGGGCAACAGAGACUUUCAGGGGGCAGAAAGGGAGGUGCAGUAGACCUCCAACCCCAUAAACCCAACAACUCCCAAGCCAGCUCAGGUCCCACCUAGAGAAGGAUGGUAGAGAGAACAGAAUGCCAGGAGUGGGAGUGGGGGCAGUAAAUAAGCCUCCAUGCUUACGGGACACUGAAUUAAGAGGCAGGCACUUCCCCCACCACAGGCUGCUUCCCUGGAGACCCAGGCAGAAAGAAGGCUGCAGCCGGGAGCAGAGGCAGUGAAGCCUCAUGGGA